AUGGACGUCGAUCCGACGCAGGCGGGGCAGCUCGCGGACGACUUCUUCUAUGGACCCGAGGACCUCGUCCGGCCUCAGAUGCAUGGCGACAUGCCCCGCGACCUCUUUGCCUUUGUGGCCAUGCGCGGGUUUGACACGCGAAGGCGCCACAACAUGCUGUACGUCGACGAGACGGUCGUGCUCACGGCCGCCGGCAACACGGCGCAGCUCCUCGAUACAACGACGAUGGAGCGCACGUAUGUCUUUGGCUACAGCGGUGCGGGCAUCGGCGCGAUCGCGGUGCAUCCACGCCGCGCCUUCUUUGCCGUCGGCGAGAAAGGGCCCAAGCCCAACAUUUGCAUCUACGCAUACCCGAAAUUGAAGCUGUACCGCGUUCUGCGCAAUGGUACCGAGCGUGCGUACAGUAGCCUUCGCUUCAGCCAAGACGGGAGCAAGCUCGCGUCCGUCGGUAGCGCCCCCGACUUUCUUCUCACGGUCUGGAACUGGCGCUCGGAGCAGACGAUUUUGCGCUGCAAGGCGUUUGGCCAAGAAGUCUUCAACGUGCAGUUCGCGCCGCAUGACAACGGGUUCCUAACGACCAGCGGCACGGGCCACGUCCGGUUCUGGAAGAUGGCAUCGACGUUCACAGGCCUCAAGCUGCAAGGCGACAUUGGCAAGUUUGGCAAGUCGGAGCUCAGCGACAUUGAAGCCUUCUGCGUCCUUCCGGACAAGAAGGUUCUCAGCUCCACGGAACGCGGCGCGCUUUUGCUUUGGGAUGGCAACUUUAUCAAGUGCGAGAUCGUCACGGCGAACCGGGAGCGCGCGCACCGCGGCGCCAUCAACGUCGUGCUCUUCGAGCCCGAGACGCAGUGCAUCGUGACGGCGGGCAGCGACGGCGCCAUCAAGUGGUGGCCCUUUGCCGCGAUCGACCAAGCCGACGUCAAGGAGGACGACACCGUCGCAGAGGUGACCCCAAUCGACACCGUCCACAUCACGACCAAGACGCUGCACCACGUGGCGUCGCCCGCCGACAUUCGCUGUCUCUUGCGCGGCGAGAAGCACUAUCUCGUCCAGGAUGGCCACGGCGUUGUGCACCGCUUGGACUUGGAGUCGAAACUCGUGACGACGCUUCUCGAGUGCCACGCAGGGGCGAUUGUCGGCGUGGGCACGUCGCCCUGCGAGCACAUUUGUGCAACCGCAGGCGUCGACGGCAACGUGCAGUGCUGGGACUACACGACGGCGACGCCGCUCUUCUCGAUGCGCUUCAAUGUGGGCGCGACGAGUCUCACGUACGCCCCGGCGUCCCACGACCCGCAAGGCAAGACGGUGGCCGUCGCGUUUGCGGACGGCGUCGUCCGCGUCCUCGAGCGCGGUCCAUCAAGCUGGCACCGCGCCCAUGUCUUCAAGCCGCACAACCAGCCCAUCUCGUGCAUGGCGUAUGCGCCCAACGGCCAGUACUUUGCGUCGGCCAGCGCCGACAACACGCUCUUCAUCUUUCACUGCCCAAGCUUGCACAAGUACGACCCCGUCGGCUUUAUCCCCAACGUGAGCGUCCGGCAUCUCAGCUGGCGCUUGGAUUCGAAAGCGAUCUUGCUCACGUGCCUCAAUGGCGUCGUCGGAGAGAUCGACGUGCCGACUCUCAGCAACGACGAGCGACAGACGUACGAGCUCGACGCGCGGCUCAAAACGUUCACCUUUCGACGCGUGCGCAAGCUCUCGACGGCCGAGCUCAGCGCCAUGGCCAACGAGCCCGCGACUGACAAGCCGUCGGCGUACAAUGUGGCUCCAUGCCCCUUGAGCGCCAGCAUUGGCUUUGGCGAAGUCGAGGUUUCGCCCGACGCGGUAUCGGUGGUGGUUGCUGCCAUGUACUGCUGCGCGUCAACAUCAUGCUUUCUCGUGACGGUGGCGGGGCCGCACGCGGGGUCCACGUACAAGUGCAACUGGACAAAGCCGUUUGCGGUCGAAGUGUUUCCAGACGACCCGUCCGGGCUGGUGCACACGAUGACGCGAUCGCACAGCCAAAAGUUCCUUCUCGCUGGCAACUCGAAUGGGAAGGUCCACCUUCGGUCGUCCGUCGCGCCGAUGGCGUCGCUCACGUUGGCGAUGCACGACGAGGCGGCGCACGGAACGCCGGGUGUCGCCAUGUCGUUUGAUGACGCGUUUGUCGUGUCGGGCGGCUCGGACGGACAGCUCGUCGUCGUCCGCGUGCUGGCGGAGAAGGUGGCCGAGACGGCCAUGACCAUGCUGGAGCGCUACGCGCGCAAACUCAGCGAGGCGAAGAAAAUCUACCAGACCGCGCACGACCAGUUGGCGGCCAAGAACGAAGUGCUGCGGAACGACGGCAACGAAGCGAAUCUAUGGGUCAACAACCCAGUGUACGCGGGUGCCGUGGCGUACAGCACGUUCCUUGACGGGAUCGCAAUUGGCGACAUUGAGGUGCUCGGCGGCGUCGUGCGGCAGCUCAGCACCGAGGCGCUUGACGAAUCGCCCUUCUCGCCUGUCGCCGCCGUCGACUUGUCGCGUGAAGUGCCCGUGACGCGCAAGGAAGUGCCCGACAUCACCAACAGCGAAGCGUACACGAUCCAAGACGCCAAGCUCAAGCUCGAGGCCGACAUCCGCGCCAACAGCGCCUUGGCCAAGAAGAACCGGACACGAGCGAUCAUUGCCGAGAUGCAAGAAGAGUUUCGUCAGCUGCAGUUGCUCGACAGCUCCCACGAGCCCACGGCGCGGCUGGAGCCAGCGCAGUGGAACAUCGACCCCGAGUAUGGCGCGAUGCUGGUUGCCGCCGGCGACAAGCAGUGCGACGAAGUGCGCAAAGAAAUGGCGUACGCGUACGAGGAGAGCGAGCUCCUGCUCGCCAAGUUGCGCCGCAAGUACGUCGGCGGCCUCGCGGUCGAGCUCAUUACGCUCCACGGCUUUGCCAACGGCCUGCACGUGCAGUCGUUUCGGACCAUGCGCAUGCCAGAGGUGCUCGCGGACCGCCUCCGGCUCAUCCACUUGGAGCUCCAAGAAGCCGCGUCGAAUCAACCCGUGGCCAAGGAGACACGAACCGUGCUCGACUUUAUCCACACGCCCAAGGCAGCGACCGACGACGGGCGGGCGCGGGUCGUCGAGGAGGCGGUCGUCGACGGCGCCAGCGACGGCGCAUCGGCGCACCGUUUCGAGUACCGCAAGACGAUGCGCGCGCAGCGGAAGGCGCGCAUUCAGGCGUGGGAGACGAAAAAGCCGCGCGAAGACGCCGACGACCCGCGCGACGUGGCGGCCAUCGCGUUUGCCUCGACGCACAUGGAGGACUACAAGCUCAAGACGAGUGCGUCGUACGUCGUGCCCGAGGACCAGCGCGUGAAUGCGAUGAAGAAGCGCAAGCAGAUGGCGCUCCUCGAGGAAAACAUGUACGACAUUGCGAUGGGCUUCAACGCCAAGGUGCUCGAGCUGCGAGAGCUCAAACACCGACUUAUGGAGCAAAUCCAAGAGGACAAUGCGCUCCUGCACGCCCUCGAAGCCUAUCAAAAGGUCUCGACGCCGAGCCGCGUCUUCGAACCUGUCUUGGACCUGCGCGAGUGGCCCGAGCAGCGCGAACGCGUGCUGGACGCGCACAUUGACGAGUACCAGAAGAAGGGAACUGUGAGCAAGGCGACGCUGUCCUCGCUGACCCAUGGUCACGACGCGGCGACCAAGGAGCUCGUUCCGCACCCGUUGCUCGAGCUGCCGGCCAUGGAGACGAGCGACGAGUAUGCUCUCUCGCCCCUCGAAGACGAAGAGCGCCGCGUGAAAGCAACGCAAGUGCAGAUGCAGAUCGACGCCCUCAAGCACAAGGUGGCACACGCCAUUGAGACGUUCGACGACGCCAUCUACCGACUUCGCCGCGAGAAGAUGAAGCUCGACAUUGCGCUCAAGAAAGGCGAAAUCAAGCUCUUGACGCGCCUCGGUGAGCUCGUCUUGCUCGAGCAAUUCGAGUCGAAAGAGACGCUCCUUGUCUCCAAGCUCGAAAAGUGCAAGGCGGACAAAGCGCAGGUGGUCAAAGACUUGACCGAGUGCAGCGACCAGCUCCUCACGAAACGCAAGGAACUCGACGAGUGUCAAGCGAGCGAAGCGUCGAUUCAGAGCGACUUUGUCAACCUCGUCGGAUCGCUGCACCCGAGCUUUGCUGUGCUGCAAAAGAUCUUCAAGAAGCGGCUCAAGCGUGCCAAGAAGCGGGCCAACGACGACGACGGCGGUGACGACGACGACGACGAUGACGACGACGACGACGAGUACAACAGCGACGACGACGACGACGAUGACGGCAACGAGGACGAGACGUGUCCCGCGGGCUGCGACGUCAAUCUCUACGAAAAAGUGCUUGCGCUGCGCGAGCAGAAAGCGGACAUUGAUGACUCGACGGGGGACGUUGUCAAGGCCAUCGAUGAGCUCAAGCGAGCGACGGACCGACAGACGCAGAAACAACGCCAAAUCGACAAGGAGCUCACGGCGACGGAGCAAGACAUCCAGGCCUUCCAAACCGAAAAGCAGAUGCGUUUUAACGAGCUCGACGUGGUCGUUGCAUUGAGCAAGCAACAACUGCGCUGCAUGCAGCCGGCGGCUCUCCCAGAGGGCAUGAGUCCCGAGUCCGCGCAGCUCGUGCUGCCAGAGACGAUUGAGAACGGACUCAUCUUUACGAAAAGCGCGAUUCAGCGGCUCUGCACCCGCAUUCGGAGUCUCCAGGACGAGAACAAGGCGCUCCGGCAGGUGUUCAAAGACCUGCAUAAGCAGCAAAACCAGCUCUCGCGCGACAAGGCGCGCCAGCACGACGUGAUCGCCACCGUGCGGGACAAGUGCGAGCAAUUGCAGCUGCUCAAGUUUGGCCAACUCAUCGACAUUGACGUGCUGGACAAAGCCUGCGACACGGGCAACCUCCACGAGCUCCAAGCCAAAGUGCGCACCAAAGAGCUCCAGGGCGAGAAGCACGCGAGCGCGACGCGAGCCGAGCAGCAGAGGCUCAAGCUCGAGAUCCUGCGCGCGACCGAGGACAACACGCGACUCCUCACCGAGAUUGCGGCUCUGAGCGAGCGUCAGUUCAGCCUCGAGGCCGACCUCAACACGGCCGACGUCCAGCACUCGCUCGUCGACGACAGCGUCGGCUUGGAGAAGGAGAUGUCGGAGCGCAAGAAGCUCGUCGAGCUCGUCAAGCUUCAAGCGCGCGAACUCGAUGCUCUCAAGCAAGAGGUGCUCAUGCUGCGCGGGAAGAGAGGCCGCGUGCACGCGCCGACUUGA